CGGCGGAGAGGUGCUUUGGGGACCGAGCGGGACAGGGGCGUCCCACUGCCCGAUCCCACCCCGGCGCUUUGCAUAAAUAAAUAAAUCAUGCAGCAAGGGAGAGGUGGAGAGAGAGGGCGAGCAGAGGAGGUUACUUUGGGAAGCCGCGCAGCUCGCUCAUCCCAGCCCCGUAGUUCGAAGGGAGUGUGUCAUGUUACAGGGGAGCCACGAUCAGCCAGAGCACAACGUCGCCAGAGCAGCUGAGAAUUACCUCUCUCUAAUGGGGACUUUCAUGUGCAAGCUCCUGGCCAGUUUGCGAAGGAACUGAAACGGGCGGCUUAGAAGGAAUCAAAAACCCCCCAGCGAACCAAAAGACAGAAACACAGGAGGAAAAACAAAAAUCUUGAUCAGAUUAUUUUUCCCCCUCGCACUCUUUGCUGCAGUUGGAUCUCUUUUUUCUGCACCUCUUUUAUGACAGGGAGGGAAUGUUGGAGGAGAAGAGCUGGAAAGGCGUCGACGAAGCAGCUUUUGACAGGGGGUGUGUGACUCCCCCCAGGACCGGCGAUGGGGAGAGAUGCUGCCGCCUCCCUCUCCUGCUGGGCUCGGGGCUGCCCGGCGUCUCCCUGCUUUCUCUGGUGCUGAGCCUCCUGCUGUACUUUCGGACCUCCGAUCUGCAGUCCCGGGUGUCCCACUUGGAAGCGGACAGACCCACACAGCUCCCUGCCUGGCUCUCAGCAGACCAAAUGGAGACGGCUAUUUUGGGAAGAGUUGACCAACUGCUUGAUGAGAAAUUGAAGUUUCACUUGCCGAGACAUCGAGAAGUUCGAGACACACACCAGCCAUGCAACUGCCCGGCAGGUCCGCCUGGAGACAAAGGUGCGAUGGGGAUCCCUGGGCGGCCGGGACUAAAAGGGCAAUCUGGAGAGAAGGGUGCUCCAGGAGAAGCCGGCAUGUCUAUCAUCGGGCCCCGUGGUCCGCCUGGACAGCCUGGAACAAGAGGUUUUCCUGGAUUCCCGGGCCCUAUUGGCUUGGAUGGCAAACCGGGUCAUCCUGGACAGAAGGGAGAGACGGGUGCUGCAGGUCCCAGGGGACAACCUGGACCCCCAGGACAAAAAGGAGAAAAGGGUCAGUGUGCAGAGUACCCGCACAGGCUGUUGCCUCUCCUCAAUUCAGUGCGGCUGGCUCCACCUCCGGUCAUAAAGAGACGCACUUUCCAGGGUGAACAAGGACAAGCGGGGAUCCAAGGUCCCCCGGGGCCCCCUGGACCACCAGGGCCCACUGGACCGGCUGGACCUGAAGGAACCCCAGGACGUCCUGGGCCAGCUGGACCCCCUGGCAGAGCGGGAGAACCUGGGAAGCCUGGCAGAGAUGGAAAGGGCUUACCUGGGCCUCCUGGACCAAAGGGAGAGGCUGGGAUUCAGGGAUACCCUGGCAGAAAGGGUGAGGUGGGUGAGUCAGGCCUGCCCGGUGCCCGUGGCCUCCCUGGAGCCUCUGGCCCCAAGGGUGAAAAAGGGGACGCUGGCAUAAAGGGGGAGAGAGGCAUGCCAGGGCUGCCAGGAAGACAUGGCUCUAAGGGCGCUCCUGGGAUGGCCGCUGCAGGGAUGAAGGGCGAGCCUGGGACUCCAGGAGAAAAGGGAGAUCCUGGAGUCCCAGGGAGGAUGGGCCCCCCAGGUUUGCCAGGGAAGAGGGGGCAGCGGGGCGAGAAGGGACGAGCUGGUGACCCUGGGCUUCCUGGACUCCCUGGGCCAAAGGGAGAGAAGGGAAUUGCUGAGAAUGCCUUGGUGGGAGCUAAAGGAGAACCUGGCCCUCCAGGUCUGCCUGGACCCCCUGGACCAAAGGGAGAAGCUGGUGAUGUUGGCCGGCCUGGUGCUGCAGGGUCACAGGGAGAAAAGGGGGAACGUGGUUCACCAGGAGACCAGGGACCCAUGGGCCCAAGGGGCCCCAAAGGAGAGCCUGGGAAGGACGAAAUGAUGGACUAUGAUGGGAACAUCAGUGAAGCUCUCCAGGAAAUAAGAACUUUGGCCUUGAUGGGGCCCCCAGGACUUCCAGGUGUGGCUGGACCUCCAGGGCCACCAGGACAGAAGGGUGAAAUUGGCUUGCCAGGUCCUCCAGGCCAUGAUGGAGAAAAGGGACCACGUGGCAAGCCUGGAGAAAUGGGCCCCCCUGGCCCUCACGGACUGCCAGGAAAAGAUGGACCCCCUGGAAUAAAGGGAGAACCAGGCCAUGUCGGGGUCAGAGGAGAGAAGGGCGAUAAGGGAGAGCCAGGACAAACGGGCUCACCGGGUCUAGAUGGCCCCACUGGAGAGAAAGGCGAACGAGGUGACCAAGGAAUGCCAGGACCGUCAGGAUUGCCAGGUCCCAUUGGACUUCCAGGAUUGACAGGAGAGAAGGGUGAGCCUGGGGAACAUGGAGACAAAGGAAAUCCAGGAGAAUCGAUAUCUGGCCCCCCCGGACCCCAAGGUCCUCCUGGACCUCCAGGUCUUCAGGGCCUCCCAGGACCUAAGGGGGAAGCAGGGAUUGAUGGAGUGAAAGGAGAGAAGGGUGCCCAGGGUGAAAAAGGAGACAGAGGGCCACUGGGAUUACCCGGUGCUUCAGGUUUAGACGGCAGGCCUGGACCACCGGGUACUCCAGGACCAAUUGGGGUUUCAGGACCAGCAGGACCAAAAGGAGAAAGGGGCAGUAAAGGAGAUCCUGGAGUUGUGGGACCAAUGGGGCCAGCAGGGCUUCCUGGUUUACAAGGCCUGCCUGGUGACAAAGGAAUCCGGGGGGAGAGGGGCAAGAAAGGCUCUAGAGGGUCUAAAGGGGAUAAGGGAGACCAAGGAGCACCUGGAUUAGAUGCACCCUGUCCGUUGGGGGAAGAUGGGCUUCCAGUUCAAGGCUGCUGGAAUAAGUGAUGAUUCUAACCUGGACUGGCCUGUGUGUGUUACUGUACAUAGGAUAUUUAUUUUUAUACAGUGUUCUUCUCCAAAAUGCCAAAAGUUAUGCAUUUUUACAAAUUAUCAAAAAGCCGCAUAUUUUUUUGUACAGAAAAUACUAGAUUUUUUCCCCCCUGUUUGUCAGUUCUCCGUAUGAUUCUAUGUCUGCAUUUUGCUUGUUUUGUCAUGGAGUACAGCUGUAAUAUUUACAUGAUACUUGUGCACACAUGAUGAAUAUAGGAACUUAAUAAAUUAUUGCAUUAAAGAUGCCCGAAGGAACUGCCCUGUAUAGAUUUAAAGGUCAUUUUCAUUUUCCAAGCUGGGUCAAUCAAGAAUAUUUCAAAAUAUUAUGUAUUUUUUAUUAAAGUGAAAUAUAAACAGUUUUGUUGCGACUGAAUUAAAGUGUUGCUGAAAAA